AUGGGUAUAACAUACCACUAUCUCGGACUGAAGGUUUACACUGUUGUUUUGUCGAUACUUUCUUUGGCUUCCCCUGCUGUCAGCAGGGAGGCAUCGCGUCAUGCUACCAUCAUUCUCCUCACUGUCUUCGCGGUGUAUGUCUAUCGUGACAUCUGGCCUUUAGCAACAUAUGAUAAAACACCAAUUGACCGACCUCUGGAUGGCGCGCUACGUAUACAUCUGGCGAUAUUGACUAUCACUGGGUUUAUCCUACCCCUAUUCGUUCCUCGACAAUAUAUUCCUGUUGACCCAAAGAAUCCAAUGGAAGUUACAAACCCAGAACAAACGGCAUCUAUUUUGUCGCGCGUAACAUUUUCGUAUGCAGAUUCAGUCAUAUUCAAAGCCUAUCAAGUCCAACACUUGUCCCACACGUUUCUUCCUCCAUUGGCCGAUUCUCAUAGCGCACAAUAUCUGAUAAAUAUUGCUUAUCCGCAUAUUGGCGAAUCAAGAGGUAUACAGAAGAGGAAUGUCGUUUGGGGCUUGCUACGAGUGUUUUACAAAAAGGUCAUCGCCAUGUCGCUGAUUAUCACCCUGCUUACACUGUCCAACUUCGCUUCACCAAUAGCUCUCAACAGACUGCUGGUAUCGCUAGACUCAGACGGCAAAGAUGACUUUGUCCGCCCGUGGUUUUGGAUUCUGGUCCUUUUUCUUGGUCGACUUUCGAUGUCUCUAUGUUUCCAGAAUUACGUCCAUCUGAACUCGAUAGGGAGCUUGGCGCAGUCGAUGUUGACGGAUUUGAUUUUCGAGCACGUCCUCCGGCUUCGAUCUGCCAAAGAUGAGAACGCAGAAGUGAAAGACAGUCAACUCGUGGCUUCUAAAGGAUCGUCUCAUGAUAUGAAAGGCAGCAUGGUCGGAAGAGUAAAUACCCUCAUCGCAUAUGAUAUUCCAAACGUUGGCUUUGUAUCUGAGAUACUUAUGCUUGUCAUUCAAGGUCCUCUAGAAAUUGUAUUUGGUGCAGUGUUUCUUUACAAAAUUCUUGGAUGGAGUGCCAUCGUUGGGAUCAUCAGCAUACUGCUCCUCCUCCCCGUUCCUGGUUACGUCGGAGGAAAAUUACAAAAUAUCCACCGCCAACGAAUGAAAAAGACUGAAGCUAGAGUCCAAGCUGUAACUGAGACUAUUGGGGUCCUUCGUAUGGUCAAGAUGUUUGGCUGGGAGAACAGAAUGCGCGCGAUUCUUGAUGAGAAGAGAGAAGAAGAAUUGGUUUGGCUGUGGAGGGACAAGUUGAUUAAUCUCACGAACGAGGUUAUCAAUUUCAUUAUACCUACGAUAACUAUGCUCGUUACAUACGGGACACACACCUUGAUACGAGGACAAAGUCUGAACGCUUCGAUCAUCUUCCCCAGUAUGGCCGUUUUCAAUAUAGUUCGAGGCAUGCUCCGACGAACUUCAAUCAUGGUUAACGCAUUCAUCAGAGGCAAGGUUGCGUUGGACAGGGUUAAUGGCUUCUUAAACGAACGGGAUUUCUUGGACCAGUUCUCUGAGGGGAGUGAAAAACCAAAUCAAGACCUAUUUGGACGGGAUACGAUUGGCUUCAAUCAAGCAGAGUUCACGUGGACCAGCACCUCUGGACAUUCUACACCGUCGAGGACGUUCCGAUUGCGAAUCAAUGACACAGUAGAGUUCAAGAAGGGCUGUUUGAACCUGAUUGUCGGACCAACUGGGUCAGGAAAAACCUCAAUUCUAAUGGCUUUACUCGGUGAAAUGCACUACAUCCCUAUGGGUAACAGCUCGUGGUUCAACCUACCUCGCUCGGGAGGUGUGGCCUAUGCCGCUCAGGAAUCUUGGGUUCUCAAUGAUACGGUCAAAAACAACAUUCUUUUCCAAUCAGAAUAUGAUGAAGAACGUGGUGGACAAAAGGCACGCGUUACGCUAGCUAGGGCGGUUUAUUCGUCGGCAGAAAUCAUACUCCUUGACGAUGUACUUGCUGCUCUGGAUGUCCACACGGCAAACUUCAUCGUUAAAGAGUGUCUGCAAGGCGAUCUGAUACGCGGAAGGACUGUUCUGCUCGUGACCCACAAUGUUUCUCUUGUAGGUCCCAUCGCGGAGCACAUUGUGUCAGUCGACCUCAGUGGUACUGUACACAAUAUGGGAAAAGAUAUCAAUCAGGUCCUCCAAGCAGAUGCCGAUCUAGCCAGCGAACUUAAACGACUCGACAAGUUGGAACUAAUGGGCGAAGAUCUCGAUGGGAAAGAUUCGACCGAUGAACGCCUCAAGGAAGCAGGGAAGCCUGAUGGAAAACUCAUACUCGCAGAAGAGAUUGUGUUGGGAAAAGUCAGCGGGGGAACAUACAUGCUCUAUCUAAAAGGCCUCGGAGGAGACCGACCUAUUCUAUUUAUGACGGCAUGGCUUACUGGCCUCAUUUUGAUGCAGUGUGGAUAUAUGGUUGGGGUCUGGUUUCUGGGAUUCUGGGGAUCGAAGUAUGAGACCCAUCUUCCUGAAGAAAUUAAUGUGCCUUUCUAUCUCACAAUCUACACUUCUAUCCUGUUCAUAUCCAUGGGCAUGUACACAUGUGCUGUGCUGAUUUACAACACCGGCGCACAAAGGGCCUCCAGGACAAUCAACAGAAAGCUAACGGACUCCGUCCUCACAUCCACACUCCGAUGGCUUGACGAGACACCCUCCGCUCGCAUUAUUUCCCGCUGUGCACAGGACAUUGGACAGGUUGACGGACCGCUAGCACGCUUCCUUGCUCAAGUUGUUGAUCUUACCAUUUCAAUGAUGGUCAAGCUGGCUGGGCCCGCGUUGUUGACUCCCAGCGUGGUAGUUCCAGGAGUUUUGAUAGCGGCUCUUGGAAUAUUUACAGGGCGAAUGUAUCUCAAGGCUCAGAUAUCUCUCAAACGAGAAUCAAGUAAUGCACGACCACCCAUCGUUUCUCAUUUUGGUACCGUUAUUGCCGGUUUGGGUAGGUCCCCUAUAAUCACUUAUGAUGUUGGUCGGCUGAAUUCAGGCCUGGAAGUAUCAAUCCGAGCAUACGGUGCUCAAGAGCCCUUCCGACAAGAGCUGCUAAAACGGAUAGACCACUAUAUGAAAGUAGCCUGGACACCCCUCAAUCGCUGGCUUGGGGUACGCAUCGACUUCCUGAGCGCUACCUUCACGGCUGCCCUAGCGUCGUACAUGCUCAUCAACAGGAAACUGAACACGUCGAAUGUUGGAUUCUCUUUGACCAUGUCGUUGGAGUUUUGCUCGUCGAUUCUAUGGCUGGUGAGGUAUUUUAAUGACUUGGAAGUGCAAGCGAAUAGCUUGGAGAGAGUUAGACGUUACCUUGACAUUGAGCAUGAGUCCGAGGCAACAGAGGCAGGAAAGCCACCGGCUGCAUGGCCAACUAGUGGAAGUUUGGAGGUGGAAGGACUUUCUGCUCGAUACUCUGCGUGGGAAGAACGGGAAGUGGAAAGAAUCCAGAGCUCGCUGACACUUUCCCUAUUGCGCCUCAUCCUGACGGACGGCACCGUCUACUACGACGGAAUCCCCACGAACAAGAUUAAUCUGAGCGAUCUCAGGUCAAGCAUAACCAUCAUCCCUCAAAUGCCUGAACUAUUGAGUGGGACUCUCCGCCGGAAUCUAGACCCCUUCGAGCAACAUGACGAUGCCACUCUCAAUGGCGCCUUGCGCUCUGCAGGACUGUUCUCUCUUCAAGAGACAGAAGAAAAUGGCAAAUUUUCUCUGGAUACGUUUAUUUCGAGCGGUGGGCAGAAUUUAUCGGUAGGUCAACGUCAGAUCAUUGCCCUUGCGCGGGCUAUUGUCCGGAACAGCAAAUUAUUGAUAUUGGAUGAAGCAACGUCUGCAAUUGAUCAUAAGACCGAUGCUAUCAUCCAAGCAUCUCUGAGGAAUGAGCUUGGAUCAGACGUCACCGUAUUGACAGUGGCCCAUCGACUCCAGACAAUAAUGGACGCUGAUAAAAUCCUCGUGUUAGAUGAAGGUCGGAUUCUCGAAUUCGAUGAACCUAAAGUACUUUUGGGAAGGGAGGGGAGCCGGUUUAAAUCUCUUGUGGAUGGAAGCAGAGAUAAAAAGGCUUUGUAUUCCAUGGCAUUUCCUGCCUAA